AUGGGAAUCCCUCUUCGCUCUUCAUCGGAUCCUCAAAGGGACGAACGUCUCCACUCCAUCUACGACAAAUAUCUCUACGAUCCAAAGGAUCUAUACUCGCCCGAUCCAGUCAUCCGCGAGCUCGCCCGCAAGCAAUCAAUCCUCCGCAACGACGGUGCUGCAGAGGAAGCCUCCGCCAAAAGACGCCAACAGCUCCAAGAGCAUCAAGAGCGAGACUCGUUCGUAGACUCCUCGAAAGCACCUCGACACACAAGGAAGACAACUGCCAUCCACGUUGUUGACGCGCCAAUGUCAGCUGCCAGAAACCGGCAAUCUGGUGGUGGCGUCGGUUUUGCCUCAGGUACGAAGGGACACGAUGGUAACGAAGGCGGGCCGUCGCAUCAGCGUCAAGAGAGCGGUGGCGGGGCCUGGGCUGGCUUGAUGACAGGCACUAUGGGCGAUAGCGACAGUGACAGCGACUCGGAUGACGACCGUGUUCGCCGUCCCGCUCCUAACCAACGUGUCACACCUUCGACGCAGCCGUCACCCCAAAUAGCGGGCGCGAAGAGCGUCGCGGGCCGUGCCAUGAAUGCGGCUGGCGAACAAUUGGGCAAUCAACGCGGCAGCUGGACAUCGCGUGCGGCCGCCGUUGGCUCAAGACCCCCCGACAGCGCAUCCCAGAAUCCACCUUCUCUGAAGCUUCUCGGUCUCAAGAGCUUGAAAGAUGGUGGUGCACCUAUCGGCGGCGGUGCCGCAAGCUCCGGCUCAGCGCAACUCCCACAAUCCAAUCGACCCGCCCCUGCACGCCAGGGCUCUCCCCUCAACAUCUCAACUGCUCCUCGGCAGACACCCAGCCCGCAUUUUGACAUGAUGACAGAGCAGCAAGCUCUCGAGCGAAGCGGCAGCGCGGGUCAAGUCAGCCACAGCAAUGGCGAAGACGGGCAUCUCCAGCAACAUCAAAGAGAUGAAUCUAGGACCGGCGCGUCCUCGCGACGCGUGCUCGAUGACGUGACGGACGACGAUGUGGGCCGUCACGGGAGCACGAUCCACUUCGGUGCGGCGCCAGCGCUUGCAUCACCCGGGCUGAGAGGCCAAGAGCAGCAUCGUUGGACAGAAGAGGACAGUCACAUCGCCAAUCGUGGUGCCGUGCCAACCAGUACAUCGGCACAGACCUUGCAAACGCCGGUCGAGGCUCACGGCCGUUUGGCAGCCGGUGAUCGCCCUCCAGCUAGCCCUCGGACUGAGCUGACCCGUCAGCUAGGCUUGAGCUCCUCGCCUGUACAGCAAGCAACUCGUCAUGCUGGCUCGCCUGCCGUGCGCCCUGGUCAAGCUCAAGACUACUUUGGCAAUGCAGCACCUCCACCUGCUGCACCUGCGCCGGCUCAUCAGCACCAGCAGCAGCAAGCCCGACAGAUUGAGCGUCCUUAUCCUCAAGAUCGCUCACCCUUUGGACAGCAGGAUCGUGGAAUGAACGAUCCACGCGGUAGUCCAAACGCAAGCCCUGAAAGCCUGCGCCCGACUGCUGGCAACAUGCCCCCGCCUCGCCAACUGCUCGCAGAUUCUCCUCAGCAGAAUUCUCACAUGCUUCCAGGCGACCGUCGGCAAGGUGCGGCUCCUUCCAACUUCCCUCAGCAGCGAGGUGAGCGAGAGCAGAUAGGAGGUCCUAGAUCACCAAUGCCUCCUAAUGAUGGUCGGGGCUAUCCGAAUCAUAUGGGUGGUCCGGCCGUCCCUUCCGCUGCUAUGGUUGGCCCUGGUCGUGACAUGCAUUCCCAGCCGCGCAACGUUCCAGGCCCAGGUCCUGGGCCUUACAACCAGCCUGCCCCAGGCGGCUCUGCGCCGCGUCGUCCCGUGGGUCCACCUCAACCGAACGGUUAUGGUCCACCAGGAGGUCCCGGCGGCUCGGCUAUGCCGCGACCACAGUACAACAACUCCGGCCCAAACGGCGGACCACCGCCCCCGUUCCCACAGCCGCGCGGUCCUGGUUUCUCGCAGUCGCCAGGCCCACAACAGCGCCACUUGCAAGAGAAGCGUCAGAGCAACGUCUUCCGUCGUUCCAUGGCGUUCCUCACCGGAGGUGGCCAAGAUGGUCAGGUGCCCCAACGCAGACCCAGCAACGGGCCCAAGAGACAAAGCGUGUUCCGUCGCAGCAUGGCGUUCCUGACCGGUCGACCACCUCCUCAGCCUGCGUCGGAAGACGACGACGAGAAUGCGCCUCAGCCUCGCGUGCGGGGCUUCGUCGACGAGAAGCCGCGCUCUCGAACAAAGAGCACUUACAUGGGCGCUAGCGGUAUGGGUGACGAGUGGGACGUCAAUGGUGCAGGGGCCAAAUUCUGGAAGCGCUUCUCUGCAGCUCAACAUCGCGCAGAAAAUGGUGAUCCAACCUCUGAAGCGUACAGGCGCAGGGCCCUGAACGGUCGAAAGCGUGUCAAGAUCUUGGUCACCAUUGGUCUGAUCGGAAUUAUUGCUGCUGUCGCUGGUAUCAUUAUAUGGCGAGAAGGCAUCGAGCAUACGACGGACACACCAGGCUCCAUCGACAGGUCAAGCAACGGUGGAACUUACAUUCCACCGUCCGGCUCUCACACGCAAGCGGAACGUGGUGACGGGGCCGCUUCCCAAGCCGCGCCGACCGCAUCUGCUUUGGCGGCUAGUAGCGCCACGGAUGACACCGGUGUUGCAGAGCAAGACACGGGCACAACUCGACACCACCGCCAUCACCACAACAAUGAGAGGGACGUGGACAAUGAUGCGAGCCUCGUAGAGCUGCUCGGGCGCAGUACCGCGCCGCCAGAAUCGAAAGCAUUUGCAGGUGCCGAUCUGCUUUUAGCACCUCGCGCUACCGGUGCCAUCGCUCGGCCUUUUGGAAGGAGCAGCGAGCCCAUCGAUGUCAUCCGACGUCAUCAACAACAACACCAUCGCAUCGCCGCCUCGAAGCGCGCAUUGUCUCAAUAG